AUGAUGUCCGGCUCAGGUUCAGUGGUGUUCCCGGCUGGGAUUAUCAAUCCGUCGGUCCCGAUCCGGAAUAUCAAAAUGAAAUUUGCCGUUGUCAUCGGACUGAUCCAGGUUGGAGAGGUUAACAACCGGGAUAUUGUUGAAACGGUGCUGAAUUUGUUGGUGGGUGGUGAAUUCGACCUGGAGACAAACUUCAUUAUCCAGGAUGCAGAAAGCAUCGGCUGCAUGGUGGAACUGUUGGGGCACUGUGACGUCACCUGCCAGGCUGAAAUCUGGAGCAUGUUCACCGCCAUCCUGCGAAAAAGUGUUCGAAACCUGCAAACAAGCACCGAGGUGGGCCUCAUCCAGCAGGUGCUGCUCAAAAUGAGCUCGGUGGAUGACAUGAUAGCAGACUUGCUAGUGGAGAUGUUGGGAGUGCUGGCCAGCUACAGCAUCACAGUGAAGGAACUGAAAUUGCUCUUCAGCAUGCUACGAGGAGAAGGAGGCCUCUGGCCGAAGCAUGCGGUCAAAAUGUUGUCGGUGCUGAAUCAGAUGCCCCAGAGACACGGUCCAGAUGCCUUCUUCAACUUCCCUGGUCGCAGUGCAGCAGCCAUUGCUUUACCUCCUAUUGCUAAGUGGCCUUAUCAGAACGGGUUUACAUUCAACACCUGGUUCAGGAUGGAUCCCUUAAAUAACAUCAAUGUCGACAAGGACAAACCAUAUCUCUAUUGCUUCCGGACCAGCAAGGGCAUUGGGUACUCUGCACAUUUUGUUGGUAACUGCUUGAUCGUGACAUCACUCAAGUCUAAAGGAAAAGGUUUCCAGCACUGUGUGAAGUACGAUUUUCAGCCCAGGAAGUGGUACAUGAUCAGUAUAGUACACAUCUACAGCCGCUGGAGGAACAGUGAAAUCAGAUGCUAUGUUAACGGACAGCUCGUUUCUUAUGGAGACAUGGCGUGGCACGUCAACACAAAUGAUAGUUAUGAUAAGUGCUUUCUUGGAUCCUCGGAGACAGCAGAUGCAAACAGAGUAUUCUGCGGGCAGCUAGGAGCCGUCUACGUGUUCAGUGAAGCCCUCAAUCCCGCACAGAUAUUUGCAAUUCAUCAGCUAGGACCUGGCUAUAAGAGCACUUUUAAGUUCAAGUCAGAGAGUGAUAUCCACUUAGCGGAGCAUCACAAGCAGGUGUUGUAUGACAGUAAGUUGGCCAGCUCCAUCGCCUUCACCUAUAACGCCAAGGCCACUGAUGCCCAGCUCUGCCUGGAGUCCUCGCCCAAAGAAAAUACCUCCAUCUUUGUGCACUCACCGCACGCCCUUAUGCUACAGGAUGUGAAAGCCACAGUGACUCACUCCAUCCACAGUGCCAUCCAUUCCAUCGGUGGGAUCCAAGUGCUCUUCCCGCUCUUCGCUCAGCUGGACUACCAUCAGCUGAACGACAGCCAGGUGGAACCCACAGUAUGUGCCACUCUCCUGGCCUUUCUGGUUGAGCUGCUCAAGAGCUCUGUGGCCAUGCAGGAGCAGAUGCUGGGAGGAAAGGGCUUUUUGGUCAUUGGAUACCUGCUAGAGAAGUCAUCACGUGAACACAUCUCCAGGGCUGUAUUAGAGCAAUUCCUCUCCUUUGCAAAGUAUCUGGACGGUCUGACACACGGGGCACCACUGCUGAAGCAGCUGUGUGACCACAUCCUGUUUAAUGCUGCCAUCUGGAUCCACAUCCCUGCCAAGGUACAGCUCUCUCUGUACACCUACCUUUCCGCUGAGUUCAUUGGCACGGCAACCAUCUACAACACGAUUCGUCGAGUGGGCACAGUGCUUCAGCUCAUGCACACGCUAAAGUACUACCACUGGGCCGUCAACCCUGCAGACAGCAGUGGCAUCGUGCCAAAGGGUCUCGAUGGUCCAAGGCCGACCCAGAAAGAAAUAAUUUCUCUGCGGGCGUUCAUGCUUCUCUUCCUCAAGCAACUCCUCCUGAAGGACCGAGGUGUGAAGGAAGAUGAGCUGCAGAGCAUCCUGAACUAUUUGUUAACAAUGCAUGAGGAUGAGAAUCUGCAUGAUGUGUUGCAGUUGGUGGUUGCCCUCAUGUCUGAGCAUCCAGCCUCCAUGAUCCCUGCUUUUGACCAGAGAAAUGGAAUACGGGUAAUCUACAAGCUCAUGGCCUCUAAGAGUGAAAGCAUUCGAGUACAAUCCCUCAAAGUCCUUGGGUACUUCCUCAAGCAUUUGGGCCACAAGAGAAAGGUGGAGAUCAUGCACACACACAGCCUCUUUACUCUCCUGGGAGAGAGGCUCAUGCUGCACACCAACACUGUGACCGUUACGACCUACAACACUCUGUACGAGAUUCUGACAGAGCAGGUGUGCACACAGGUAGUUCACAAACCCCAUCCUGAGCCUGACUCCACCAUCAAGAUUCAAAACCCAAUGAUUCUCAAGGUGGUAGCCAGCUUGUUGAAGAGCUCCGCCCCCAGCACAGAGCUGAUGGAAGUUCGCCGGCUCUUCCUUUCAGAUAUGAUCAAACUGUUCAGCAACAGCCGCGAGAACAGACGGUGUCUGCUUCAGUGCUCAGUAUGGCAGGACUGGAUGUUUUCUCUUUGCUACAUCAACCCUAAGAACUCUGAUGAGCAGAAGAUCACUGAGAUGGUGUAUAACAUCUUUCGUAUUCUGCUCUACCAUGCCAUCAAGUAUGAGUGGGGAGGAUGGCGCGUGUGGGUGGACACACUCUCUAUAGCUCACUCUAAGGUCACAUAUGAGGCACAUAAAGAAUACUUGGCUAAGAUGUAUGAAGAGUACCAGCGCCAGGAGGAGGAGAAUAUUAAGAAAGGAAAGAAGGGAUUGGUCAGCACCAUCUCUGGUCUGUCUGCUCAGACCUCUGGCAUCAAUGGCGCAAUUGAGAUCAGAGAAAUGGACAAUAACUCCCAGACACCUGAGAGUGAAAAGGACUAUGAGAGUGCAGACUCACGCAACCUGCUGGCUGAAGGGAAGGGGCCGGAAGAGGCUCUCAGAGGAACGGAGGAUACGGUAGAUGGGGUCAGGGUCGAAGUUCAUGACCUUCUGGUGGACAUCAAGGCUGAAAAGGUGGAGGCUACUGAGGUGAAGCUAGAGGAUUUGGAAUUGUCCUCUGAAACUCUGGGAGUUUCUGAGAAUGGGGCACUGGUGGGGAUGGAUUCUCUGUUGGAUAAUGUUUAUUGUGCUGCCGUGGAAAAGCUCAAAGGUAACCUCAACAGUGUGUUGUUGCCAAAUCGCAGCAUGGAUGACCAUAAUGCAACCCCCCUCAUCACUCUAGAUGAUGACAAGGACAGCAUCCCUAACAGCAACAAUUUCCUGUUUGGCAAAGUGGCAGGCAUCAUGGAAAACAAACCACUGCCGGACCUCGGUACAGCUGAGCCUCUGGUACUGCCCAGCCCAGAGCCUCCAGUCCACACCAGCGCCAAUGACGAACUGGGCCUUCUUACUCGCAUGACAGGCAGCUCUGAGCUUGGCUCCUUACCCAGUAUCCUGGAGCAGGAUGAGUUUGAACUACAGGCAGCCUUGGAGGGUAUCAGCUCUGUGACUGGUACCAAAGCUGAGGCCUCCUCCACAGGGCCAGAGAUCACCCAGGGUACAGCUGCAGCAGCGUCCGAUGGACACCACUCAGAUGCAACAGGCAACACUACUGACACCGAGAGAUCGGGUGAUGGCAAAGACAAGGAGAUAAACAAGAUUCAGACGACAGCCACCACACAGGGUCUACAUUGCCACCUAGCGCCUCAGAUGGAGAGGGACAUACGUGUGGACUUGGGCUUCACAGGGACACACAUGACAGAGGAACAGCGACGGCAGUUCAGCCCCGGCCCACGCACCACCAUGUUCCGCAUCCCAGAGUUCAAAUGGUCAGCCAUGCACCAGAGACUACUCACUGACCUGCUGUUUGCUCUGGAGAGCGAUGUCCAUGUCUGGAGGAGCCACUCUACCAAAUCUGUCAUGGACUUUGUUAAUAGUAAUGAGAACAUCAUUUUUGUCCACAACACCAUCCACCUCAUCUCACAAAUGGUAGACAACAUCAUAAUCGCUUGUGGAGGGAUCUUGCCUCUUCUCUCAGCGGCAACCUCUCCCACUGUAAGUGUGCCUCACUGUCUUCACUGUGGGGGGAUAAUGCCAUCUAGUGGAGGUUUGUUAUGACCUUUUGGUAUAGGGCUGUUUACGGAGGUUGAGAACAUCGAGGCAACGCAGGGCAUGUCCUCCGAGACCGCCAUCACUUUCCUGUCCCGUCUCAUGGUUAUGGUGGACGUGUUGGUGUUCUCAAGCUCCCUCAACUUCAGUGAGAUUGAGGCUGAGAAGAACAUGUCCUCGGGUGGCCUGAUGCGUCAGUGCCUCAGACUUGUGUGUUGUGUGGCUGUUAGGAACUGUCUUGAGUGCAGGCAGAGACACAGAGACAGAGGGAGUAAGUUUUCCAUUCCCAACAACAACAAGACUCAGGAAUUCCUGCAAAAUGCUGUGACUUCCAACAAGGACCCUGAUCGCCUUUUGCAGGAUGUGGACAUCAAUCGACUGCGCGCUGUGGUGUUUCGUGAUGUGGAUGACAGUAAGCAAGCCCAGUUCCUGGCUUUAGCUGUGGUGUACUUCAUCUCCGUCCUCAUGGUCUCCAAGUACCGCGACAUCCUGGAGCCACAACGUGAGACUGCCAGGUUAAGCCAAUCGGGCCGCAGCAUGCGUCAGGAGAUCAACUCACCAACCAGCACAGAAACACCCCUAGCGUUUGACAGCAGUAAGGACCAUCCUGCUCCAUCAGACCUCCACAUGGAUAGCUCCCUUCCCCACACAGACUCUGGUAUCGGAGAGGAGCAGCUAGCCAGCGUCCUUAACGGGUCUGAUCUGGACCACAGCGGGGGACUGCUCAUAUCAACGCUGUCCUCAGAGGUGAAGAAGUCCCGGGAGAGUCUGUCCGAAUCACCCAGCGUGGAGGUGCUGAAACCUCCCUCCUCCAUCAUCAGCAUUAGCCAGCCCAGCAAGGGCAUCAAUGUGAAGGAGAUACUGAAGAGCCUGGUGGCAGCUCCAGUGGAGUGCUUGGAGGCUGGGCUGGAGGCGGUGUCUUACCCAGACCCUGCUGCCAACACCCAGGCCCAGGCCAUGCUGCCAAUGCAGUUUCACUCCUUUGACAGGAGUGUGGUGGUGCCUGUGAAGAAAACCUCCCCUGGCAGCCUCACAGUUAACACAGUGGGAAGCAGCAGCACCACCUCCUCUGGGCUGACAGCUGGCAGCACCCCCAACAUCUUUGCUGCUGCCUCUGUGACCCCCAAAAGCAUGAUCAACACCACGGGAGCAGCUGAUACAGCCCCCUCUACCUCCUCUUCCUCUGGUUUUGUCAACGGAGCCACCAGUAAGAAUCUGCCGGCCGUGCAGACGGUGGCCCCCAUGCCUGAAGACACAGAAGAAAACAUGAGCAUCACUACGAAGCUGGAGAGGGCCCUUGAGAAGGUGGCACCCCUGCUGAGAGAGAUCUUCGUGGACUUUGCGCCCUUUCUGUCACGCACCCUGCUGGGCAGCCAUGGGCAAGAGUUGCUCAUAGAAGGUUUAGUGUGUAUGAAGUCAAGCACUUCGGUGGUGGAGCUCGUCAUGCUGCUUUGUUCUCAGGAAUGGCAGAACUCCAUUCAGAAGAACGCUGGCUUGGCUUUCAUUGAGCUAAUCAACGAAGGAAGGUUGCUCUGCCAUGCCAUGAAGGACCACAUAGUCCGGGUUGCCAACGAGGCCGAGUUCAUCCUGAACAGACAGCGAGCAGAGGAUGUCCACAAACACGCAGAGUUUGAGUCCAACUGUGCCCAAUAUGCUGCUGACAGAAAAGAAGAAGAGAAGAUGUGUGACCACCUGAUCAGUGCCGCUAAACACAGGGACCAUGUGACAGCCAACCAGUUAAAGCAGAAAAUCGUCAACAUCCUCACCAACAAGCACGGUGCCUGGGGGACUCUGGCCCAGAGUCAGCUGCAUGACUUCUGGCGACUCGACUACUGGGAAGAUGACCUGCGGCGGAGGCGGAGAUUUGUCAGAAACCCAUUUGGAUCCACCCACUUAGAUGUCACAUGCAAGUCACUGCUGGAGUAUGGCACAGAGGAGGACGAGGUGGUCAAAUCCAAGAAAGUCUUCCGCAGCCAAACUGUGACAAGCCAGAACCCCGAGACAGAGCUGAUGCUGGAGGUAGACGAAGAUGCCGUCAGCCUGCUGCAGGAGAAGGAGAUGGACAACCUGGGUGGCCCAGUGGUCCUGAGCAGCCCGGCCCAGCUUGUUGCCCCCGUCCUGGUGGCCCGGGGGACUCUGUCCAUCACCACCACUGAAAUCUACUUCGAGGUGGACGAGGAUGACCCUGCCUUCAGAAGGGUCGACCCUAAGGUCUUAGCCUACACUGAGGGUUUACAUGGGAAGUGGAUGUUCAGUGAGAUUCGGGCGGUAUUCUCCAGACGGUACCUUCUGCAGAACACAGCGAUGGAGGUCUUUAUGGCCAAUAGAACAUCAGUUAUGUUCAACUUUCCUGACCAGGCCACAGUAAAGAAAGUGGUCUACAGUCUUCCUCGAGUGGGAGUGGGCACCAGCUAUGGACUUCCACAGGCCAGGCGCAUCUCCCUGGCCACCCCUCGGCAGCUUUUUAAAUCCUCAAACAUGACCCAGCGCUGGCAGAGGAGAGAGAUCUCCAACUUUGAAUACCUCAUGUUUCUCAACACGAUUGCAGGGAGGACAUACAAUGACCUGAACCAGUACCCGGUCUUUCCCUGGGUCCUUACCAACUACGACUCAGAGGAGCUGAACCUGACCUUGCCAGGGAACUUCAGAGAUCUCUCAAAGCCUGUUGGUGCUCUGAAUCCAAAGCGUGCAGCAUUCUAUGCUGAACGUUAUGAGACUUGGGAAGAUGACCAGACGCCACCUUGUCAUUACAACUCCCACUACUCCACAGCUGCCUCCACCCUGCACUGGCUUGUCAGAGUAGAGCCCUUCACCACGUUCCUCCUUAGUAACAAUAACAACAAAUUCGACCACCCUGACCGCACCUUUUCAGCCAUUUCCCGCUCCUGGAGAAACUGUCAGAGGGACACCCAUGAUGUAAAGGAACUGAUUCCUGAGUUCUACUACCUCCCGGAGAUGUUUGCCAACAGCAACGGCUACCAUCUGGGAAUGAGGGAGGACAGGACCAUGGUCUGUGAUGUGGACUUGCCAGCCUGGGCCAAGAAGCCUGAAGACCUUGUUAGGAUCAACCGGAUGGCCCUGGAGAGCGAAUUUGUGUCAUGUCAGCUGCAUCAGUGGAUUGACCUUAUUUUCGGCUACAAGCAGCGCGGCCCGGAGGCGGUGCGUGCCCUCAACGUCUUUCACUACCUGACUUACGAGGGCUCCGUCAAGCUGGACAGUAUCACUGACCCUUUGCUCAGAGAGGCCACAGAGGCACAGAUCCAGAGCUUUGGACAGAUGCCAUCUCAGUUGCUUAUUGAGCCACAUCCUCCACGCAGCUCGGCCAUGCACCUGUGUUUCCUUCCACAGAGUCCUCUCAUGUUCAAGGACCAGAUGCAGCAGGAUGUCAUCAUGGUGUUGAAGUUUCCAUCCAAUUCGCCAGUAACGCAUGUUGCCGCCAACACCCUGCCCCAUCUUACUACACCUGCUGUGGUCACUGUCACCUGCAGCCGCGUAUUUGCCGUAAACCGAUGGCACAAUAACGUCGGUCUCCGAGGAGCACCAGGCUACUCCCUUGAGCAGGCCCAUCACCUUCCUAUAGAGAUGGAUUCUCUGGUUGCCAACAGUACUGGAAGCAACAAGCGUCAGAUCACAGACUUAGUGGACCAGAGCAUCCAAAUCACAACACACUGUUUUGUGGUGACAGCUGACAACCGUUACAUACUGGUGUGUGGCUUCUGGGACAAGAGCUUUCGUGUGUACUCCUCUGAGACAGGCAAGCUGACCCAGAUAGUUUUUGGCCACUGGGACGUGGUGACAUGUCUGGCCAGAUCAGAAUCCUACAUCGGAGGAGACUGCUAUAUCGUCUCUGGGUCCAGGGAUGCUACACUUCUGCUGUGGUAUUGGAGUGGACGGCACCAUAUUAUCGGUGACAAUCCCAAUAACAGUGACUAUCCAGCACCACGAGCAGUUUUGACGGGUCAUGACGCGGAAGUUGUGUGUGUGUCAGUCUGUGCAGAGCUGGGCCUGGUCAUCAGCGGAGCCAAAGAAGGUCCAUGUCUGGUCCACACCAUCACAGGGGACCUGCUUCGGGCCCUGGAGGGACCAGACUACUAUAAGUGCCCACGGCUCAUCUCAGUGUCCAGUGAGGGCCACUGCAUCAUCUACUAUGAGAGGGGGCGCUUCUGCAACUUCAGUAUUAAUGGAAAACUGCUGGCACAGAUGGAAGUGAAUGAUUCCACCAGGGCUAUUCUCCUGAGCAGUGAUGGCCACAACCUGGCCACAGGUGGGGAUAAUGGAGUGGUGGAGGUGUGGCAGGCCUGUGACUUCAAACAGCUUUACGUCUACCCUGGCUGUGAUGCUGGCAUCCGAGCUAUGGACCUAUCACACGAUCAAAGGACUUUGAUCACCGGCAUGGCCUCUGGCAGCAUCGUGGCAUUUAACAUUGAUUUCAACCGAUGGCACUACGAGCAUCAAAACAGGUACUGAGGAGAGAUGGAUCCAUGCAGCAGGGCGUAGUGUGGAGGGUGAAGAGAAAUACCUACCAACCAGUGACCGAGGUGUGCUGCAGAA